AUGCACACCGAGCACGUGUGCGUGUGCGCGUGCAUGAAUCACUUUGAGGCAAGGACGCCAACAUUCAUUUUCCGCCCUGCAACUGAUGGGCCCCCUGUAACCUUGGCCAAGUCACUUAAAGUGGACACCAUUGGUCUGAAAUCCAAUCAGUUAAAGAAAAGACAGGGUGUUCAUUUACGGCAUCAGCAGUGGAGCCUAGUGAUGGAGAGUGUGGUUCCGUCAGACCGAGGGAACUACACGUGCAUUGUAGAGAACAAAUAUGGCAGCAUUAGGCACACUUACCAGCUAGAUGUAGUAGAAAGGUUCCGCCACCGGCCUAUUCUCCAGGCUGGACUGCCUGCCAACCAGACUGUGGUGGUAGGGAGUGAUGUCGAGUUCCACUGCAAGGUGUACAGUGAUGCCCAGCCUCACAUCCAGUGGCUGAAACACGUGGAAGUCAACGGCAGUAAAUAUGGAUCCAACAGGACGUAUGUCAUGGUGCUAAAGACGUCAGGUGUUAACACAGCGGAUGAGGAGCCAGAAAUUCUGUACUUGCGAAAUGUUACUUUUGAGGAUGCAGGGGAAUAUAUUUGUCUCGCUGGGAAUUCUAUGGGGUUUUCACAUCAUUCUGCUUGGCUGACGGUUCUACCAGCCCAGAGUGAACUAGUGGAGGCGGAUAAUUCUGGCUCCGUUUUUGCUGUGAUCCUCCGCUGUGGGGUUGGCUUCGUUUUCUUCUUCUUGGUGGUUGUCAUCAUGAUUCUCUGUAGGGUGAAAAUGACCAACAAAAAAGCCAUGAACACCCCUACUGUACAGGCAGUUGGCAAUAACAUUUUAUUUGCUCUAUUGAAGCCGGUGUCAUUGGAGUCAAACCCUUCCAUGAAUUCUGGUACCCCGCUGGUCAAUCUCACCCACCUCUCAUCCAGCGAUGGGCUGAAGCUAGCAAAUGUCUCAGAGCUCGAGCUGCCUGCUGAUCCCAAGUGGGAAUUAACAAGAUCUCGCCUGACUCUGGGGAAACCUCUGGGUGAAGGUUGUUUUGGUCAAGUGGUGAUGGCAGAAGCGACUGGGAUCGAUAAGGACAAACCAGACAAGGCCAUCACUGUAGCUGUCAAGAUGUUAAAAGAUGAUGCUACUGACGAGGAUCUUUCUGACCUGGUGUCCGAAAUGGAAAUGUUGAAAAUGAUUGGGAAUCACAAAAAUAUCAUUAACCUCCUAGGUGCCUGCACGCAGGAUGGUUUCUGGCCCAGCAAGCAGAGGGGUUUCCUCCUGUAA